CAACACAAAAUAUGUGUUUUUUGCUUAAGCGUUGCAAAAGAUAAGCGUUACAACGACGACGACAACGACGGUCAUCAGUGGUCUUUCGAGCGUGCCUCAACAAGCGACGGAGAUUCGAACAGGACUACGUUUCCAAGCUCUCCUACAUCUUGGGCCCUGUAGCUGUGCAUCCGUAGCACAUGCCUAAUUACGGCAUUGAGUAGAGACCAAGGAACUAGAAGCGACAUCUUACAACGGCUAUAACUUUUAAUUCAAGAGAAAUAACAUUAAGCAAUAAAAAGAGAAAGUAUUUUUAGCAACACGUGGGUCCGUCAGUCGUGGGUCUGAACUAGUCGAGAGUAGUGUUAUUGAAGUGCCGCAAAAUAACAUCACAGAACCUUGAUAAAAAUGAGGGAGUUCCUGCUUGUUCUAGCAGAGUUAUUAUUGCUUAUCUUAAAAACUGUCUAUUAUAUUUGCAAAUUCACGUAUAGAUCGAUCGUUCCAAAGAGGAAAAAGAGCGUAGCUGGUGAAAUCGUUCUGAUAACAGGUGCAGGUCAUGGUAUCGGGAAGGAAUUGGCGAUUUGCUAUGCGUCGUUGGGAGCAACAGUAGUAUGUUGGGAUAUCAAUGAAGAAACCAACAAUGAAACGAUGAACGAUAUUAAACAAAUUGGAAAGAAUUCUGUAUAUGCGUAUCGAUGUAACGUAGCAGAUAGGGAAGACGUUUUCCGGGUAGCCGAAAAAGUAAGAAAAGAAGUAGGUGACGUUACUAUCUUGGUCAACAAUGCCGGCAUAGUAUUUAUUAAAUCAUUCUUCAAUCAGAAUCCCGAUGAAAUUGCACGAGUUAUAGAAACCAACGUGACAGCGCAUUAUUGGACAUUGAAAGCAUUUUUACCAAGCAUGGUAAAAAAAAACCACGGUCAUAUUGUGGCACUUUCAUCAAUAGCAGGACUUAUUUGCGGACCUUAUGGGACAGUUUACUGCCCAACAAAAUUCGCAGUCAAAGCAAUAAUGGAAGCAAUGUCUGAGGAAUUACGUGUGUUAAGUAACGGAAAGUCCUCUGUUCAAUUCACUACUAUUUAUCCGAGUCUCGUGUAUACCGGAAUAGUUAAAAAGGUGAAAAUUAGGUUUCCACGUUUAAUGGGAGGAAUUUCACCGCAAGAAGCAGCCUCAUUAAUAAUUGACGCACAAAGAAAAAACAUGUCACACAAAAGCUUACCUUCAAUUUUGCUACUCUUGUCUAGACUAUUACAAUAUUUACCAGACGAGGCACACGGGGCCAUACUGGACUUCUUCGAUACAGGUGUCUAUCCAGACGAUUAAAAAAAAUAUAUAUAAAAGAGCUAAAAUAAACUUAUAUAACAAAUAAAAAAUAUGUAAAAGAGCCAAUAAACUUAUAUACAUUUUAUAAUACAGUUUAUUAAAAGGUUUGACUAUACUUCAGGAGCGCACCGAGAAGACACCUUUUCAAAAGCAGCUUUUUAAUAGAAAGCAAUAGGUAUUCACUGCGGUCAUAUAUUAAAAAACUGCGUGGCCUUGAAGUUGGUUAUUCGCUUAUCAUACUGUUACGACAUAAGUUGUUUUUAACACAAAGAAAGACGAGAACCAAGACACAGUGGACCGAGGACUCGGAUAGGGGACCUGUUCCGGCACGAGAACUUUUAGGAUUUUUAUUAGAAAGUCGUUUUACUGUAGCCUGUCGAGGACGAUUGACUUCUCAUGGAUCGUAUCGUAUUUUGACCGUAGCGAACAUAGAUUCCUAUUAAAAAAAUUGUUUUAUAGUCUCCUCUCGUUACAUUCUUGAAGCGUAGCUCAAACUUUUUUGGGAUAUUCUAUAGAAGGUACAAUUUUGUAAUUCAAGAUAUGAAAUAAAUUCAGAAUAUAAAA